UGCAGCUUCAGAACCCUGGACAGCGCCUUGUUUUAACCCAGCUCCAUUCAUCCAGCUUUACAGGUCUUAAAACACUGGUUUAUCAGGAGGAGACCACGAUGGAUGGACGCUUCACAACCACUGAGGAAUAUAAAGUCAAUGAUUUGAGCCCCAAAGGCUCCAUUUAGAGGGAUGUUCAGGAAAAUCAACAAUGUCUUCCGUCCCAAUCAGCCUGGACACAGAGGCCGGGAUGCAGGUGGGUGCAGGAGUGAACAGGAUUACCACAGAGCCUGCACCGUCAGGCUGGUACGCAGCACCUCCAUGCUCGUGGUGGGGGAGAGAAGGCAGACGACGGCCGCCGAAGGCUCCACUUUAAAACGCAGCAAGAGCUCAGUGAGCAUCGAGUCGACCUUGUACUAUUACCAGAGGCAAGAGGACCAGAUAUGGCUGUACUCUCAGAACCAGAACUGCCUGGAGUACCUGGAGGCCCUGGUGGCUCUGAGGCGGCGCUACACCCAGAGUGUGAGCGACCUGAAGAGCAGAGACAUCCAGGCCAACGUGACAUCCUCCAGGAAGAAGCCUGCACCCCCACCGCCCACGAAACAGGAACCUGUACCAAGAGCCAAACCCUCUGCUCCUCCGGUCCCCACAGAGCAGGACACUCUGCAGUUCUUUGACUCGGUCAUCGCCAGCUGCGAUGAGCCUCCCCGUAAACCUAACCUGGAUGAUGGACAUGCAGAUGUGGACUUCAUAGUCGCCUCCAGCUCAGCUGAACACGACCUCCACUCCAAUUGGGUCUUGCGGGUUCCUCGUGUCACCGAUGACUCAAAGGAGAAGGCUGUUCGUCACUGUGCCAAGGAAAGCAAGAAGAAAACCAAGAGCGGGUCCACGAGCAGCAGGCUGCGGCUUCAGAGGAACCCGAUCCACCUGCCCAAGGCGGUGGAGAGCGCCUUCCAGACUCUGCGCUUCAAGCCCAAAUUAAAAAAAGAAAAGUGAGGCUUGAUGAGACAUUUGAAACCUGCUCUCUGUUUGGUCUGACACAAUUGUCUGCACGGGGGGGGGGGAAAUCAGUCUGAACAGUUAAUAUUUAUAUAAAAACACAUUUUUACUUUUAUUGUGAAUAUAUAUGAAGCAGCAAAAGGAAAUUUAGCCAUUCAUUUUAUAAUUUAAGUCUAUUGUGUUUUUGUCCAGUUGGAUGUAAAAACAUCCUCAUAUUAAAAAGCCUAUCAGGUAUAAUUUCUUUGAAGGAUUUAAAUAACAGUUGCAGUUAAUUAACAAUAAUCUGGAUAUUUAGCAAUAGGGUGCCACUAUAAAGCAGAAAUGCAAGUAGGGUGACUUUUGCCGGAAGCGCUGACAGAAAAAUCCCGUAAUUUCUUACAUUUACCUUACCCAUCUUUUCAAAGCACUUCUUUCAAGGGUUCUUUUUAACUUAAUUAAUCAAGGGAAUCAUGCUUUAUUAUGAUGGAUGUUAUGGAGUUUAGUGUGAGCACAGUUUAUGGUUCAGAUCUGCAGAUUCUUCAUUCCUCCCAGGCAUCAUAGAGAAAGAGAAAUCCAACAAUGGCUCCUUAGUAGCAGUUUAAUUCAGGAGAGAGGUUCACAUUUGCGAGGCGAGUCCAAGGGCUGAGCACAUUGAAGAGUUCAAAACCUACUAAGGUUAUUUGUUCCUCCCUGCCACAGUUAAAACAGUGUUAAAGAUGAAGGGUAAAGUUGAAUAAUGAGGGAAACAUAUUCUCUAAGUUAACCAUUAUGCUACUUGUGGUUUUGUUUGGCCGGAGAGUUUGAGAUACCUGUCACAACACAACGGUGAUGAAUGAUUUUUAUUUAUUUUUUACAAUUAUAAAUAAACCAUGACCUGUGUGAUGCUUCUGAUACUACUGUGUAAUUUGAUUGGGAGCUACAGUAGAGGAAAGGUCAUGUAGACCCUUGAAUCAUCUAAAAAGAGAAUAACUACAAAUACU